AUGCAUCCACUUCUCCUAUUGUUUCUGGCUACUCGAGUAGUAGCCGGCACAGCUAAGUUGGCAUCGAGAGCGAGUGCAUCCGACCAUGACUCUGCCUAUUCUAAGGCGGCCAGUUCUGCUCUCACGCCACUCGGAUAUGCUGCGGCAUUUAUUAACACUGAUGUAUUAGCUAGCCGAGAGGGUUAUCUGGAAGAUUUCACAUUGGUCGACUACGACGUUGACGAUUGUGCGGAACGGUGUAACGGCAACAAAGAAUGUGUUGCUUUCAAUAUCUACUUCAAGCCCGAUCACCCCGAAACUUCGUCAAAUGAUAAGACAGCGGUCAUCAAGUGUACUCUCUGGUCUAAUCCACUAAGUCUCCCGGAUACAGAGAUUGGCAGCGAUGUCGUUGCCGGGAGUAAUGCCUACAAUCAAGAAAAGGCUCUAGCUGGUCCAGGGCCUGGAUCAGUGCAGACACUGCCAAUCAAGUUUCCCAGCGUGACGCAACUUGGGGAUACUUAUUAUUCCGUGGAGCUGACGUGCGAUGGCCAAAAGAUGCCUGUCAUGCUUGAUACUGGCUCCGCAGACCUGCUUAUUGUAUCCAACGCGUGCCCGAACACUCCAACCAGUGGAUGUUACAACAGCACGCCUUUCGAGAUCCAGCCAACGACAAAUAUGCCAGCGAACCAAAGUUUCUUUACAAUUGUUGGGACUGGGCCAGUAUUUGGCAAUCAGUCUAUCUUGGAUGUCCAAUUUGGUACAAAGGACAUUGUUGCGAAAGACUUAGGUGUCGGUCUUGUUUAUAAUGCUGUGAAAAUGGAGUUUCAGAAUGGAAGCUUUUCUGGAAUACUCGGCAUGGGUCUCCGAAAUGUUUCUCGGCAGUUCUACCAGUAUCAAAACUUGCCACCAUUCGACACCUUGGUAGCACAAGAAAGGCUACUUGCACCCAAGUUCUCAACAGUAUUUCCGCGAUACGCGGAUCCGAACAGUCCGAAAGAAGGUCGUCUGACCAUGGGUGGCAUUGACAAGGAAGCGUCGAACGGACGGAUGAUAACAUACAGCGAUAUAGUAGACAGCCCCAAGUAA